AUGGAAUAUAAGUCAGUGGAUGAGUACAGUUCAGUCUUAUUUAAAACGGUCUCGAUGCUGAGACUUUGUGGUGAAGUUGUAACCGAAGAAGAGUUACUUGAGAAAAUAUUCUCUACAUUUCAUUCAUCAAACAUAAUACUGCAGCAGCAGUACCGAAUGAAAGGCUUCGCUACAUACACUGAUUUGAUCUCGUGCCUACAACUGGCCGAGGCAAACAAUGAGCUCCUGAUGAAGAACAGUGAAGCUAGACCUGUUGGAACAGCCGCAUUACUAGAGGCCAAUGAGGUUGAAAAGAAAGAUCCCAACGAGUGCAAUUACAUCCAGAAUGAUAAGAGAUCACACGGCAAAGGCCGAGGUGGAUACAGGAACCGUGAUCGUGACAAUUACUCGAACAGCCGAGACAAACACUUGGCCGGCCGGAAAGGAAACCACAAUAACCGUGGUCGUGGUUUCAAUCCCGGCCGUGGCGGAGGCAGUUAUGGCCGAGGUCGAGGCGAAAGUCUUAAGAACAAGAACCCGGAGGCUCACAUGGUUCACGAUUCCGGAUAUGAGGCUGAUGAUGAUUCCGACAUUGCUAAAGAUGACCAAAUGGAUUUUGAGACUUCUGAUUGUCUCAAAGACUAA